AUUGCAAUUUGAUCCGUCCACACUUAAAAUAUCAAAAGAACCGCAAAAUGGUGUACAAGCGAAUAGCUUUCCGGGCAGAGCAUCGCUCAGUGGGAAUAAAGUACGCAUAGAAAGUAUGCCAUAUGAUUUGUCAAGUUUUUUAGUCUCACGAACUCGUAUCGUAUCUUUUAGUCAUGCAUCAACAGUAGGACCAUUUGAGCCAACAACGAAUACCAAUUUAUCAUCAGCAUUGAAUGUAAAGCCAGAAGCUGUGGAUGAUUAUCAAGAGAAACAGUUUGGCUUUAUUAAGCAAGGACGUGAUCCGAAAUUUUACGCCUGA